AGAAGACCGAACAAUGGAAAGAGAAAAGGAGGCCGUAUUGGUGGUGUGCGACGAAGAGAGCGAUGCAGCGCCAAUGUUUGACGUCAACACAGGAGAGGAGAUUCUCUACAUAAAUGAUUGUCUUGCCCCUCCAUCAGGUAUCGCCAACGUUUCAGGACAUCUCCUUGCUGCAUCUCGAUCGAAUAAGGGUCAAACAAUCUUCGGCGGUGCUAUCUAUUUCUGGGCUACAAAUAAGCUCCAGGAAACCCAUACAAGUUACAUAGGAGAAGCCAUUGGACCUAUCACUUGCUCCAAAGAUGGGAUGUACUUAGUUGGUGGAGCUCAUUCCGGCAAUGCUUACAUUUGGGAGGUUGCAAGUGGAGCAUUGCUAAAAAGUUGGAGGGCGCACAAGAAUGCCAUAAGUUCCUUAUCCUUCUCUCAGGAUAGCUCUCUUGUCAUCUCUGGCUCUGAAGAAGGCACAGUGCAUGUGUGGUGCAUGAUCAGCUUAUUUCAAGCUGAAGAACCCCAAUCCCAUGAAGCCAUAAAGUACUGCCCCAGUUUCUGUAAUACAGUCAAGCAUGAGGCCUUAGUAACCGGCAUUCUUACAAUUCUAGGGGUUCCCUGUCCAAUACUGAUAACUAGCUCGCUUGAUGGCAGUUGCAAGGUUACAGAACUUAUGUCUGAAAGACUACUUCACAUGCUGGAACUCUCCAGUCCAAUUACUGCAAUUACAAUUGAUCCUUUGGAGCAAUUACUGAUUUGUGGCGCUGGUGAUGCUGCAAUAUAUGUCACUGGAUUGGAUGGCAUUGGAAUGUCGUACUUGACUUUCACGCUUUCCAAGGAUGAUUGUCAAGUGCUAUAUGGACACAAGGCUCCGAUUAGUGCAUUAGCAUUUAGUUCUGAAGGAGUAUGGCUGGUUUCUGGAGCAAAGGAUUGCAAUGUCCUUAUCUGGGACACAACAACAUGGAAUGUUGUCAGGAAAUUAGAAAACAAAAUGGGGCCUGUAACAAACUUGUUAGUGAUUCCAAAUCCGGUGAUAACAAGGGUCCACACGAGAAAUCUUCUUGCUCUGGAGAUACCUACACUUCAGAAAAUAUUCAGACAGACCAAUGAAACACCAACGUUUUUGCAGCCGUCUGAUUUCUCGAAAGAUGCAGAUUCUACACGUGCACGUUUUAAUAGUUCUAACCUUCUGAGUAAGCAAAUAUUGGAUUUAGAGGUGAAGAGAACCCCUGAAGCAAUAGAAAUGAUUGUUGGAAUGACAAUUGAUGAGCAGAUAAAGAACCAAAACUUGGCAAAGGAGUUGGGCGAUAUGAACUCGGUACUGCAGUGGAAGGCACUUAAUGUGAUGGAGGUAAGGGCAACCCUGGAUUAG